AUGAGCGGCACUACUGGCGAUGAGCAUAAAAAGUUGAAUACAUGGCUCGAGUCGAUUAUCUUCCGCUAUUUUCAUAUUUGGUCACCGGUCAAUUGUCAGGAAUUGAUCAAGAGAUACGAGAUUUAUGAGUUGUGUCUUCGAGCCAGAGAGCUCUUCUGGUCACAGCCACUCUAUCGUCAUGUGGAAGUUCCUGUCACCAUAGUCGGCGACAUCCACGGUCAAUUCGAGGAUCUGAAAAUGAUGAUGGACAUGAACGGAUGGCCAUUCAGCGAGGACGAGGCGAAAGAGAUGUGUCGAAAUAUGUUGACAAAAAACGGGAAAGAUAUGAAAGUGACACUUCCGGCGACACUCGGAUCGGGUACCGACCGUCAGAAGGGUCCAAAAAACUAUCUUUUCCUGGGCGACUACGUUGACAGAGGUUCUCAUUCGAUUGAAGUCGUGUUGAUGUUAUUCGCAAUGCACUUGAGAUGGCCUGACCGCGUGACACUUCUUCGCGGGAAUCAUGAGUCACGACCGGUUAAUAGGGCAUAUGGAUUUUAUGGAGAAUGCUCGAGAAGAUAUAGUGAUAAAAUCUAUGAGGUCUUCCAAUUGGCGUUCAACACGAUGCCACUCACCGCCAUCGUCAAUAAACGUAUCAUGUGUAUGCAUGGUGGGAUUUCAGAGGAACUUUACGACUUGAAGCAGGAGGGAUAUGAGUUUUUUGCCGAUCGCCGAUUGGUCACUAUUUUCUCGGCGCCGUUCUAUUGUGGACAAACGAAUAAUGUGGCGUCGAUGCUGAAUAUUGAUAGUGAUAUGGUCGCCUCCUUCAUGCUCGUCAGACCAGUGUCGGAGAUCAAUAGGGAGAUGAAUGUGGGAGAGAAGGCCGAGGAAGAAUAA